GCGGCGGCGGCGGCGGCGCUGGCCCUGGGGCUGGCGGCCUGGCGGUGGCGGCGGCGGCGGCGGCCCGUGCGCGAGGUGCUCUUCUUCCCGUCGCGGCCCAGCUGCACCGAAGCGCUGCUGGCCGAGGUGGCGGGGCCCGGCGCGGCGGCCCGGGCCUGUCCCUGCCCGCUGCCGCGCGGUGACUGCUCCCUCAGCCGCCUCCUGCGGCGCCUCCUCUCCGCCCGCCGCUCCCUCGAGAUCUGCCUCUUCGCCUUCUCCAGCCCGCAGCUGGGCCGAGCCGUCCAGCUCCUCCACCGCCGCGGUGUCCGCGUCCGCGUCGUCACCGACGCUCAGUACAUGGGGCUCCAGGGCUCCCAGAUCGGCCUCCUCCGGCACGCCGGGAUCCAGGUGCGCCAUGACCAGGAGAACGGUUACAUGCACCACAAGUUCGCUAUCGUGGACAGGAGGAUGCUCAUCACAGGCUCCCUCAACUGGACCACGCAGGCUAUCCAGAACAACCGGGAGAACGUGCUGGUCAUGGAAGACGCCGAGUAUGUGAAGCCUUUUCUGGAUGAGUUUGAAAGGAUUUGGGAAGAGUACAAUCCCAUCAACUACAGAUUUUUUUCCAAAGACAAUAAAUGAUUGAGCUGCCUCACAGGCCUGGUGGAGUACUUCACAGAUAGCAUUCAUGAACUUAAUUAUUAUGUAUAAACAUCAUUGUAUUACCCAUCUGGGUGUAAUUUAGGUAAGCUCCUCCAACGAAGCGAAGUGCUCUCUACCCUGAAGUGCCACAGGUCCCUUGCUGUGCCAACUGUUUGGCGAGUUGUUUAGUGAGGAUAGCUGUGAUGAUAGGACUGCAUUCAUAGAGCUGAAAACUACGGGCAGGCUCGUUGCCGUGCCCUGGCGCAGACGAGGUAUGUUCAUACGGUGCCGGGUCGGUGUUGCAACGGUGAAAUGGACAUUUUCCAACUUGGGAUACUGCGGAAUGGAGUUGCAGCCCAGUGGCACCUCUGCAUCAGUAAAGGAAGAGUUAAGAGGGCUACAGCAAAGCUAGAGUUUGUACAGAGAGAUGAAGCACAUUAGUUGCAUUGCUUGUUGGCAUUAAUUGUUGAAAGUUUGUAAAAAGAAAUUUGUGGGAAACACGAAGGCAAAAAUUAGAAGUACGUUUUGAUUGUGUACACGUUUUCUUUGGUUUAAGAUUCGCACAGCUCCAGUGUAGAAGCAUGAGAACAGAUACAAGUGACAGCUCCUCUUCGAGCAAGCAAGUCUAGGGAAGUCUGGAAAGAAGAAAGAAACUGUUCUUUGGGAUCAGCUGGUCUUGAGAGCAAACACGGCUGGAGUUCGGUCACCGACUUCAGCGUGGAGCGGCGGAAGGCAGCCCCAGCCUACGUAGGUGGCGGGACACCGUGUCCUGGUCUGGUUCGGUGACUUCGACUGCCUGUGCUGGCAGCAGCAGGCUGGGGGACAGCAAGUGAGUAGUAAGAGGGAGGGAGGUAAGAUCUCUGUCCCUACAGUUCAGGGUGGAACAAAGAUGGGUGUAAACUUAGGAAUUUCAAAACUCUAGCAUCUGUGUGAGAAUUGCUUCAUACUGAAUAUAAAAGUGCCUCAAAAUAUCUCAAAAUGAAAAAAGGUCUUAACAGUUUGUUACCAAUGUUGCUUGAUACAGUAGUGCUGUGACUGGCACGAUUAAAUAAACCAUUUUCACAGA